CUUCACGUCAAACCCUACAUACAGAGCCAAAUUUAUUGAGAUAAAGCAUAAUGAUGGAACUUUCUUAUUAUAACUCUCUUCUUCUGUUCGUUGUUUUCAUCGCUUCUUACAAGCUAUUCACAAAGAGAUUCAAAAACCUACCACCAUCUCCACCGUCUCUUCCUCUAAUCGGCAACCUCCACCUCCUGAAACCACCCGUUUUCCGCACCUUCUACGCCUUAUCACAAAAAUACGGUCCCAUUUUCUCGUUCCGCUUCGGUUCCCAACUCUCCGUGGUCGUUUCCUCCGCCUCCUUGGCCGAAGAAUGUUUUACCAAAAACGACAUCGUCCUCGCGAACCGUUUCCGUUCCGCCAAGACCAAGCACCUAACCUACAACAACACCGUGGUGAUAACUUCGCCGUACGGCGACCACUGGCGCAACCUCCGCCGCAUCUGCUCCCUGGAGAUCCUCUCCACUCAGCGUCUCAACUCUUUUACGGGAAUCCGAAGGGACGAAACGGCGAGGUUGGUUCGGAGCUUGAGUGAGGGGUUAUGCGAGGGCUUCACGAGAGUUGAAGUGAGAUCGAAAUUGACGGAGCUAACGUUCAACACGAUCAUGAGAAUGGUGAGUGGGAAACGGUACUACGGGGAAGAAUGCGAUGGUACGAGUGCGGAGGAGGCGAAGAAGUUCAGGGAUGUGAUGGAUGAUAUGGCGAAGUUCGGAUUGAGUUCGAAUCUUGGGGAUUUUGUGCCUGUGGUUCGGUUGUUCGAUUUCAGUGGUGAUAAUAGAAAACUCCAAAUAAUUGGUGAGAAGAUGGAUGCUCUGUUCCAAGGGCUGAUCGAUGAGCAUAGAAGCAAGAAGGAAAGUUCAAACACCAUGAUAGAUCACUUGCUCUCCUUUCAAGAAUCUCAACCAGAGUAUUACACCGAUCAAAUUAUCAAAGGGCUUAUCAUGGCCAUGAUGGUAGCUGGAACAGAGACUUCGGCUAUAACAAUAGAAUGGGCAUUGUCGAAUCUGUUAAACCAUCCACAAGUGUUGGAGAAAGCAAGGAUGGAGUUGGACACUCAUGUUGGACAAGACAGGCUCUUAGAAGAAGACGACCUUACCAAAUUAACCUACCUUCAUAACAUAAUCUCUGAGACUUUGAGACUCUACCCUGCAGCGCCAAUGCUAUUGCCUCAUCUCUCCGCUCAGGACUGCACCCUUGGAGGCUACCAUGUGCCACGUAAUACUCUGGUUUUUGUCAAUGCGUGGGCCAUCCAUCGGGACCCGGACUUGUGGGCCCAAUCUUCAACUUUCAUGCCUCAAAGAUUUGAGAAUGCUGACGCCAACAAUAACCCUUAUGGCUUCAUGCCGUUUGGGAUGGGGAGGAGGGCGUGUCCUGGCUCCGGCCUGGCCCAGAGAACCCUGGGCUUGACUUUGGGCUCUUUGAUACAAUGCUUUGAUUGGAAGCGGAUUGGGGAGGAAGAAGUUGACAUGACAGAAGGACACGGAACUCUGAUGUCAAAGGCUAUUCCAUUGGAGGCCCAAUGUAAAGCCCGUCCAAUCAUCACCAAGAUUUUCUCUCAAUGAGAUGUGAAUAAUGUAUGAUUGUUUUCCAUUGAUUUAGUAGCUUUACUUUUAAAUUUUAAAAAGAAAAAGAAUGUAUAAUUUUUAUAUUUGAGAAAUAUAUGAAGCUUUUCCUAUUUAUUAACAAGUUAAA